CUUGUCGCCUAAGUUGGAAUAGAUUUUGAAUAAAACGAAAGAGAGAAAGAAGCAACACUCAAUAGAGAAGAAAGAAAAGUGUGAGAGAUGGCGAGAUAUGAUCGAGCAAUCACAGUGUUCUCCCCCGAUGGCCACCUUUUCCAGGUAGAGUACGCCCUCGAAGCUGUCCGUAAGGGUAACGCCGCCGUCGGAGUCCGCGGCACAGAUACUGUAGUCCUCGCCGUCGAGAAGAAAUCCACUCCUAAGCUCCAGGAUACAAGAUCAGCAAGAAAGAUUGUGAGUCUUGAUAACCACGUUGCGUUGGCCUGUGCUGGGCUCAAGGCAGAUGCUCGUGUCCUGAUAAACAAGGCGAGGAUCGAGUGUCAAAGCCACAGGCUUACGUUGGAGGAUCCUGUGACUGUUGAGUACGUCACUCGGUACAUAGCUGGGCUUCAGCAGAAGUAUACUCAAAGUGGGGGUGUGAGACCUUUUGGUCUUUCCACUCUUAUUGUUGGUUUUGACCCAUACACUCGUAUACCUUCGCUUUAUCAGACUGAUCCAUCUGGUACCUUCUCUGCUUGGAAGGCUAAUGCGACCGGGAGAAACUCAAACUCGAUCAGGGAGUUUCUGGAGAAGAAUUACAAAGAAACGUCGGGACAAGAAACUGUGAAGCUUGCUAUCCGUGCUCUUCUUGAGGUAGUUGAGAGUGGGGGAAAGAACAUUGAGGUUGCUCUAAUGACACGGGAGGAAGGUACUCUAAGGCAGCUAGAAGAAGCUGAAAUCGAUGCUAUUGUGGCCGAGAUCGAAGCAGAGAAGGCUGCUGCAGAAGCAGCCAAGAAAGGCCCUUCAAAGGAAACCUGAGCAUUAUCUUACAAUAACGGUCUCAGUUUUCAAGUUGUAACUUUGGUUCAAAGUAAAGAUAUUUGCGUGAAUUUUUUUUUUGUUGGACCCUUAGCCUGUGUUGACACUCUUUCUUUAAAUCUCAGUUAACAUUUUUUA